AUGGCACGAGAAUCACUAGGGGAACACGUGAAGAACGGCGUACUCGAAUUGAAUGCUUCUGAUGAUCGAGGAAUUGACGUUGUGCGAAACAAAAUCAAGACAUUUUGUCAAACAAAAGUCACCCUCCCACCCAAGCGUCAAAAGUUAAUAAUUCUGGAUGAGGCAGAUUCGAUGACAGAGGGAGCACAGCAGGCUUUACGGCGUAUAAUGGAAAACUACAGCGAAACGACCCGCUUCGCCCUGGCUUGCAAUCAGUCUGACAAAAUCAUCGAACCGGUGCAGUCUCGAUGUGCUAUCCUGCGAUUUCACAAGCUCACCGACGCACAGUUAGCCCACAGACUCGAAGAAGUAUGUAAAGCGGAAAAAGUCAGCUAUGAUGACGAAGGAAUCAAUGCUCUCCUGUUCACAGCGCAAGGAGAUAUGCGACAGGCCCUGAACAACCUGCAAUGUACUGUAUCUGCCUACGAUUUCGUGUCCGCAGACAAUGUGUUGAAGGUUUGUGACGAGCCUCAUCCACAGCUAAUGGCUAAUAUGCUCACACUUUGCGCCGAGCAGAAGUUCAAGGAAGCUGCACAAAUCAUUCACGAUUUUUUCAGAAUGGGCUACUCUCCAGAGGACAUCAUCUCAAACAUGUUCCGCGUAUCGAAGACUGUUUCCUUACCGGAAUUUGUCAAAAUGGAGUUUAUGAAG